AUGCUCUCCUGUAGGUGUCCCCCCACAGCCCCACCCCACCACGGCUUACGACGGUUCCAUCCUGAUAAUUCCCUUCAACGACCCGCGGAUACUAAACUAGCCCGACCCCAUGGAUUCUGGGAAGAUGUGAAGCUGGAUGGUGCGGUCCCUGCCCCUCACCCAAGAAGCCUGCAGCAGGAGGGGGCCGUGUGGGGCACAUCAGGGAGGGGGAGGGGUCCUGCCCCUGCUGAUCCCAGCCCCCCAUGGCUAUGGGGCCAGCCCCCCAGGGAUAGAGAAGACGGCAGUUCUCCUGACCGAAGAGACCCCUGCAUUGUCACACAAAGAAAGCGGCCCGAUGUGAGCGGCAGCCCACGCGAAUAUCCAGAAAGCCUCGUGUCCUCCCCGAGCCCCCAGGGCGAGAGUUCCUGUGAGAUGCAGACCCAACUCAGAAAGUUCGAGACAGGGCUGCAGCCCAAGAGAAGCUCAAAGAAAAAAACGAGCGAGACGAUCUUUUGUUUGGUUUCCAUCCCGGUGAAAUCGGAGUCCCAGCCGCCAGGUACGGACACGAACAACAGUGACCUGAAGCGGAGCGCUGCGUUGCAGGAGCAGAGCGGGCUCAGUUUGUCUUCCACCGACCUGGAGCUCCAGGCACUCACCGGCAGCAUGGCCCCGAGGACAGAGCUGCCAAGACCAGACCCGGGGGGCCCAGGAGGGGGCCGGCAAGCAGACGGCCUCAGAUCCCCCAACCCCGCAAAGCACCGCGCGCUCGCAUGGCCUGGCCCAUGGCCUGGGCACCACUUCCGAGACCAGCAAACACAAACCAGCUUCGCUCAAGAGCCUCAGAGCCUGCAGCCCCUCCCAGGCGAGAGGACAGGUGGCUCCCCCGACCCCGUGCUGCCUCCAAGGUGUUUGGACCCUGCACCCUUUGAGGUUCAGAUGCACAUGGCGUUGGCGUCCAGUGACCCGAACCAGAGGCCCGAGACUCAUUCCCCGAAAAGUCAAGGGUCCCUCAGCCCGUCCAGCAACAGCGCCUUCUCCGGGUCCUCCCGGUCCAGGAACCAGGUUCCCGCACCGAGGGCCAGCCUGGGUCAGCAGGGCUCGGAUGGCCGUGGCCGCCGAGCCAGCCCCGUGUCCAGGGGUGAGGUGAUCAAGGGGGAGACCACGGGCCCCUGCAACAGUCGACAGCUGUUCGGGCAGUUCCUCCUGAAGCCCGUGAGCCGCUGGCCCUGGGACUUGAUCAGCCAGUUAGAAAGUUUCAACAAGGAGCUUCAGGAGGAGGAAGGAAGCAGUAACAGCAGCAGUGACGGCAGCGGCAGUGAGGACAGCGACACAGAGCUGCCCUGGCGGAGCUGUGCCCACCCGGCACCCCAGCGUCCGGGCCUCCUGAAGGGCCUGGUGCCCGCGGACCCCAGGACCAGGCCGGGCAGAGUCAAGAGCAAGUCCGAGAGCUGGAGCGAGGAGGGGAGGCCUCGGUCCCCCAGGCCCUGGCAGGCAGAAGGCAGAGGCUCCGUGUGGCUGUCCCCCCCCCCGCCCCGGGAGCUGGAUUGCUGA